CUCUCCUCCUCCUCACUGUAGGUUGGUACUGUACAUUACCUGAAGCUGAAGCGACAGCAUCUGCGGGUAAUUACACAUACUACUUGGGCAAGGGAACAUGCCAGAUUCCCUUGGCCCCACCGGUCCGACUCUUGGGCUACGGUGCUUGGUGUGCAGCAAGGAUUAUUCUACCAUCAGCCACCUCCGCCGUCACGAGGCCACACAUACCGGGCGCCACCAAAGCUGCCCCUUAUGCAGUAAGACGUUCUCGAGACGUGAUGUUCUUCGCCGACAUGUCCGCCGCUGCGGCGAUGACAACCAAGGUGUCUCUUUACCCACAUCGAAGAAAGGUAAGAAAUGCCACGCUUGUGAUGCAUGCUCACGAAGCAAGCUGGCAUGCGAUGGAGGGGCGCCUUGCUCCAAAUGUGUCUCCCGCAAGACCAACUGUGUACGCCCCUUGCGGGAGAAUGCCGAUGAAGCCACUUCCACAUCCAGGCUCAUCGUGGGGGAGUCUAAGACUCGUGAGACUACAAGGAUUCCGAUUGAUUUCCUACUGGGGCUCGCGAACCCGUCCUCAUUUGGCACAUCGGAGGCGGUCAAUGCAGGAAGGGCAGCCGACGACACCCAAGGCAUCCCGGUGCCAUCGAAUCUUAUACCGGGCUUCGGCUUCGGGAACUCGACGCCCGAGGAGGAGGACUUCUCAUUUUGGGAAUCCAUUUUCUCGCCAAUGGCCUUUAAUCUUGAUCCUCAUCAGGAUCCUCGUCAGGCGCCCAAUGAAGACUUUCUUCUCGAGGAGCGCUUUACACCACCCGCGACCCCUUCCUUGACCGCCCGGAUGAUUGAAGUUGUGCAGGGUCUCUCCUACGCACAUGAGAGCAUGAUCUUGAACGGGAUGACGGCGGAAUCUCCUUUCGACGCUCAGCUCGCAGAGACUGUAUUCACAGCCGAGAAUCUCGCAUACUUUAAUCGUGUAUAUUUCCGCUACGCCCACCCUUGGCAACCAUUCAUCCACCGGCCCACCUUCGACCUUGAGAAGACUUGCCUUCCUCUAAUGCUAGCCAUCUUCGUCAUGGGUUCGCUCUUCUCUGCACCUCUGGAUCACGCUAUCUCGGCACGUUGCUUCUUCGACGCUGCGGAGGACUACAUCUUCAGUCAUCCGACUUUUCGAAAACUUCUAUACAAACGACCCUCUCCCCAUUCAGCAUUGGGAAUGGAAGAAAUCGAGGUUUUACAAGGCGCCCUCAUCAUCCUAAUUGUGCAGAAUAGCAUAAAUAACGAGAAUAAACGUCGUCGUAUCCGCAUCGACAGGCUCCCCCGCCUCUGUACAGCCAUGCGGUUCUCAGGCAUCUUCAGUGCGAAACGUCAAGAGCCCAACGAGGCAGAGUCUGUCACGCUUUAUUGGGGAAAGUUCAUCAGGGAUGAAACCUGUAUUAGGCUAGGAGCAUGGUUGCACACUGGCGACAGUUUCAUCGCCGGCUUCUUCAAUGGUGCCCCGCAGGUGUUUAUUUCUGAGAUUGUGGGCGAUAUGCCCUGUCGACAAGAACUCUUCGAAGCAGAGUCAGUGGAUGAUUUCCAGCGUUUCCUGGCAAUGGGACAAGCUAGGUCGACUCCCCUAUCGUUAUCAGCAUCGGUCUCCUUUCUUCUCAACGACACCUGGCCAGGGCCAGCCGAUGAUGUGUACAGCAACAUGACGGCAGAUGACUUGUUCCUGGUAAUCAGCGCGCUGGGUUGCACUGCUAUCGCAGCAAGAACAAGUUGCCUCACCAACGUGUCGGCCAAGGCCCUCCUCCGAGCCUGCUGGCGAUGGAAAUCCAUUUGGGACGCUAUUGAAGCAAGGGAAGGCACUACACAGCCACCCAAGCUUGGCUUCGUGAAGCACGCCCUUGAAAUGUGGUGGUUGGUGGCCACUCAUGUCAAAAUUGCUGAGGCCGGGGAUCUAAGUUGCCAGCAUAUGCGAACUGUACCAACAGACACUAUGGACAGCAUGAACGAGUUUUUAAAUAGGUAUAAAGACACAUAGUGAAAGGCGCUUAAGACGAGAAUAAGGUAUUCAUUCUAAGUAAACAGUAUUAGUGGAGAAGAGACGGUGGAGAAAGUGCUUAAACAAGGGAUUUUUGAAAUGAGAGAAUGACGGGCAGUUAGCUGUAGGGAUGAGGCUUAGGGGUUGCAAUACAUUAAGUAUAUCAAUGUGUGGUUAAUUAACUAGUAACUAUUUACAGCGCUGUAGGCUAAGAAGUUGCAAC